GCCAGCGGUGUCGGUACAGGAGAAGAAGAAGGAAACAGCGUAGAUUCUACGCCGUAGAAGAAGAAAGGUUGGGCUACCCCGCUGGUUUCCUGAACGGGAGAAACCGCCCUUUGGCUAAAAAAAAUGAGUGUUUUCCACCAGGGAGCAGUUGAACCAAUGAGCUGAUACCAUGGUGGAUAACCGCUAUGCCACAGCCCUGGUCAUCGGCUCCGUGCUGAGCCUGCUGGCCACCGUGUACCUCUCUGUGGCCGUGGGAACCCAGCACUGGUACCAGUACAGCAUCCCGCCGGGUGCACAUGAUAGAAGCAACACCUCAUUGUCGAGUGACGACUCUGUCGACGGCGACUUCGAUGAGAAGGCAGCCGGCGAGACCUCUUAUCACCUCAAUGGCACCAUGGGACUGUGGUGGUGGUGCAUCCUGGUGCCCAGCCAGUCCCACUGGUUCAAGGAACCAGAUCCCAAGUUUAUGAGGCACUGCGAGCGCUUCACUCUUCCUCGGCAUUUCUUGCCAAGGCACGACCACCCUGAAAACCACAACAGUGAAGAGGACCUGCUAAGGACAUACUUGUGGAGGUGCCAGUUUCUCCUGCCCUUGGUGUCUCUGGCAUUGGUGUUCCUCAGCGGCCUCGUGGGCGUCUGCGCUUGCCUGUGCCGCAGCUUCACGCCCACCCUGGCCGUGGGAGUGCUGCAUCUUCUCGCGGCUCUGUGCUGUCUGGGCAGCGUGUGCUGCUUCCUGGUCGGCGUGGAUCUCCUCCACCAGUACGCCAGACCGCCCGAGUCAUCGCUGGGCUGGUCCUUCUACCUCGCCCUCAUCUCCUUCCCGCUGCAGAUGAUGGCGUCCGCCUUGUUCCUCUGGGCGGCACGCAGCCACCGCAAGAACUACUCGCGCAUGGUCGCGUACAGGGUGGCCUAAAAAUGGCGACUGAGAACAAUCAAAAUCUCAAAGCAGAGAAGAGGAUGUUUGUAGCCAGUCAUCAUAAGUAUUGACAAUAGCCAUGAAACAACAUCCAUUUGUGGUAUCGCAUCUGUGUGGCCUUUCCUCCAAAAGUGCAUGCUCAAUUAUUUAUGACUUGUGGUUUUGCUGUGGAGAUUGGCUUCUUUUUAAUUGCCAUUUCACUGCUGCUCGUCACCUUGCCAUUAACUUUUUUUU